CAUAUGUCAUCGAAUUACUCGUCAGUAGUUGCGGUGCGAAGGGCAGCAAAUCACAACAUCCAAAUCAGUCGGUUUUGCAUUUGCGUUCCGUAUCAUCCCAAAGCUGGCGAAUAAUCCAUCCUAGUUGAUCGAAGAUAUUUUACUAGGCUGGACGCGAGUUUGGUACAACAAAAAGCCCAUCAAAAUAAAUUCCAAAAGUUUGGAAAACAGAAGUGUUUGUGUGUGUGCAACGACGCGUGUGGCUCAACGUGUGUUAAUGUUUCUUUAGCAAAGAACUGAAAUAUUGCCUACAAUAAAUUCCAGCACAUUCAUCCGCCCCGUCGGCAGUGUGCGAAAACAAGCAAGGAGAAAGUCGUAGAGACAGUCAGUGGUGCAACGUGGUCCAUCCGAAGGAGAGAUUAGGUUUAUUAGUUUACUAGUAGCCGGGCGUUGUUAAUUUAGCCAUUUGUGGCGCUUUCUGUGAAACAUUCCAUUCCCCUUCAUUACCCGGGCACAAUAUUAUUGGUCCGGUGUGUGAAGCUUCUGUACACACACUAGAGAGCAAACCAAAAUCGAUCAUAACCUUCCGAUAGUAAGAAAAAGGUGUGCAACAAAACGAUAAAUUUCAACACAACAAAAUGGGGAACGUAUUCGCUAAUCUGUUCAAAGGAUUGUUCGGCAAAAAGGAGAUGAGAAUUUUGAUGGUCGGAUUGGACGCUGCCGGUAAAACCACGAUCCUGUAUAAACUAAAAUUAGGUGAAAUUGUUACAACGAUUCCUACAAUUGGUUUCAACGUGGAGACUGUAGAGUAUAAAAACAUUAGUUUUACGGUUUGGGAUGUCGGUGGCCAGGAUAAGAUUCGGCCCCUGUGGAGGCAUUACUUCCAAAACACACAAGGACUUAUCUUCGUGGUCGAUAGCAACGACAGAGAGCGUAUCGGCGAGGCCCGGGAAGAACUGAUGCGAAUGUUGGCCGAAGAUGAGCUCAGAGAUGCUGUUCUACUGAUAUUUGCAAACAAACAGGAUCUACCAAACGCAAUGAAUGCCGCCGAAAUCACCGACAAGCUAGGACUACACUCGCUACGAAACCGCAACUGGUACAUUCAGGCCACCUGUGCAACUAGCGGCGAUGGACUGUACGAGGGACUUGACUGGCUUUCCAACCAGCUGAAAAAUGCAAACCGUUAAGUAAGCUAAGCUCGCCGGCGUAAGCAAAUUAGCUAUUAGCAGCAGCAACAGCAAGUAAACUACAAAACACAAAACUGAAAUCAUCCAUUUGACCGGAGAGGAGUUAGAAAGUGCUCUAAUAUGCGCGCGCGUGCUGUCGUUGCCGGCGCCGCCGCUGAACGUCAUCGAGUUUAUUCAGUUUCUUUUCUUUUUUCGGCAGUGGACACGCGGAUCAUGGGACAGUAUAAGAAGCUUAUAGUGUGUGCAAGAAGGUAAAGAGAGAGAGAGCGAGAGAGUGUAGGGGCAGGCAGGUGUGUGUAGCAGAAUCGUUUUCUAAGUUUAUCGGUGUGUGUGGUCGUGGGUGCGUUGUUGCACUGUGUAUGUGGUAAAUGUUGGUAAACUGAACUGGUCCUAUAUUCAGUAAAUGCUAAAAACAUUCUCGUAAAGAAUUUGCCCUAUCACUACCAACCGGUGUGGUUGGAGAAGUAUGCGCGA